CAAAGUCAAAUACCUUGAACAGAUAUUCUCUCUACUGUCAUCUCUGGGUGCUAAUGGGAUAUUGUUGGAAUAUGAGGAUAUGUUUCCUUAUGAGGGGGAGCUCAGCAUUCUCAAAUCAAGCUUUGCAUACAGAAGAUAUAGAAGAAAUGAAGUCUCUGGCCAAACGGCACAAGCUUGAACUGAUUCCUCUGGUGCAGGUGUUCGGACACUUGGAGUUUGUCCUAAAACACGAGAAGUACUUAAAAUUGAGAGAAGUGGAAACGUUUCCCAAUAGCCUGAACCCUCAGGCCCAAGGAAGCAUGGAUCUUGUUCAAGACAUGUUAACGCAGGUUAUGAAGAAGCACCCAGAAGCAAAGUGGUUCCAUAUCGGUGCUGAUGAGGUACGUGGCCUGGGCGAAAGCGAAGAUUCGAAGCGCUGGUUGGAAGCCAACAAUGGAGACAUGGGAAAGCUUUUCCUCAAUCAUGUGACCGCAGUUGGGCGACUUAUGACCAAACUGAAGCGAGGAAUGAAGCUGAUCUUGUGGGACGACAUGUUUAGGAAACUUAGCUCCGACACUAUCAAAGAAUCAGGUUUGCAGGACCUUGCAUCGCCCAUGAUAUGGAACUACAUCCCAAACAUGGAUGUGAAAGGGAUCGGUAACUAUAUCUCCAAGUAUGAACAGGCUGGAUUUAAGGGUGUGUGGUUUGCUAGCGCUUUCAAAGGAGCUUCUGGAAUUGACCAGAAAUGGACUCCAAUCAAUCACCAUUUAAAAAACCACCUACAGUGGCAGAAAGUCAUUACAUCCAUGCCGCAGUACAAGUCUGUGAGAUUCCAAGGCAUUGCUCUGACUGGCUGGCAGAGGUAUGAGCAUCACACUGUGCUGUGUGAGCUUCUCCCAGUGGCCAUCCCUUCUCUGGCUGUCUGUCUUCAGACACUGAAAUACGGUUCAUUUGCUACUGAGGCACAGGAGGAGGUGCAGCGCCUCCUUGGGUGUCAGAUUGAGCUGAGCAAAAAUGAGUGUAAGGGUGCAUCCUUUCCUGGCUCAGAUGUUUAUGAAAUGGUGAAGAAGAUCAACGACAACCUCGAGAGUUCAGUUAAAAAGAUCAUGCAAAGCUACCAUGUCAAGGGAUCAUUCAGCCCAUAUCAUCGCAAACGCAACUUUGCAAACCCUCGAAAUCUUGCAUUUUUCAAAGAUGAAAUGAAAAAAUUGAUGGAUGAAUGGGAUUCCUUUUUACUGACUUUCCGGCAAAAUAUGGAGGCAAUCUUCUACCCAGACACGUUAGAAGAGUGGUUGGAGGAGCACGUCAGCGAACACAUAGAAAGACUUCAUAGCAUGGUGGUUGAUGUAGAGCGAAUCAUUAAACUCAAUGGACAGCCAAAGGUUGAUCCUUUGAAAAAGAGGUGAAACAGACAAGUGGACCAACAGGAAAGACAUUCCAAGAUGUAGCAUUCAAACUUCCUACUGUGUUUUUCCACCUCAGGGAUCUUGCUUGUUUCCUGAAGGCUUUGGUGGAGGUGAUGACAAGAUUAUGAAAAGUUGCAUAAAAGUUCUCUAAUUACACAGUGUAUGCACUACUUGAAGAAGGGGACUCGCUACACUAUGCAUCAAUGCAUUUAUUUUAUCUGUAUUUGAGUUGACUCAAAAUAAUGUAAAUUAUUUGCCUUUGCAGUUACACUGGUACAGCUGGUACAAUGUUUUUUUUUUUUUUUCAAUGUAAAUGUCUAAGGGUGGGGACAUGACCAAACUUCAGCUCUUUGACAUGCAAAAUGUAUUUUGUACAUUUUGUGCAGUUCGAGGAGCACAAAUAUUGUGCAAUUUUGUACAGCUGCAGAAUGUGGAAUCAUAUUACAGUUGAGAGCCUUGAAUAAAGAUACUAGGUAUCUUUAUUGUUUCAGCACUAUUACACAUAGGCUAAAUUAGAAGCGUUUACCUCAGAAAACGGCUUAUGUUACAUUUAAAGCCUUAUCACAAUGCCAAUAAUAACAUAAUUUGCUGGAUUUAAUUUCUUUGUGUGUGUUUACAACAAAAAAUAAAAAAAUUGUGG